AUGGGGGGCCAAGAUAAGAUGGAGAAUGCGAGUCUAAUUUGGAGUAAGUUUGCACAGCCAAAGCACAGAUUAAUUGCUUGGCUAGCAACUAAAAAGAGAAUGUUGACAAAAGAAAGAUUAGGCCAAAUGCGGAUUACAGUGACAGAUAUGGCUUGCUGUUUAUGUGAUGAUCAAGCAAUUGAAACAAGCCAGCAUUUGUUUGGCAAUUGUCCUUGGAUACAGGGUAUUAGAAGAUCACUAUUGCAAUGGACAGAUACUCAGCUGCAUGCUGGUGAGCCAAAACUGGUAUUUGAUUCCAUUAGAAGAAAGCAUUGGCAGAAACUCAAGAAGGAAGUGAUGGCUGCCAUAUGGGGAGCAACUAUUUACCACAUAUGGACUGCCAAGAAUAAAAAAUUGUUUCAGAAUGGAAAUGUACAGGUGGAUACUAUAGUUACACAGAUUAAGAAAGAGAUAAAAGAGAGAAUUAGUAUGAUUAAACUGUCAAAUAGAGGAAGUAUGAGUAGAGGAUUCAUACAGAGACUAUUGUGUAAUUAG